CCCAUUUUGGGUUUAGAAAUGAAUUAUCAAUUGACAUAGGGAUUAGUAAAGUCUGUGUUACCAGUUCCUCCAUCAUGGAGACAAUCACUUCAUCUACUUCCAUCCGCCUCCCUCGAGAACCGGCCAAUUAUGAUGAGGUUUCUAUGCAGCAGAGCUUGCUCUUCUCUGAUAGUCUUAAGGAUUUGAAGAAUUUGAGAAAGCAACUGUACUCGGCAGCUGAGUAUUUUGAGUUAUCUUACACCAAUGAUGACCAAAAACAAACAGUGGUGGAUACAUUGAAAGAUUACGCCAUUAAAGCUCUCGUGAAUACUGUGGAUCAUUUGGGCUCUGUGACAUAUAAGGUUAAUGAUCUGUUGGAUGAAAAGGUUGAUGAAGUUUCUGGAACAGAGCUUCGUGUAUCUUGCAUUCAGCAGAGGCUACGGACAUGCAAGGAGUAUAUUGACCGAGAGGGCCUUUCUCAGCAAUCAUUGGUGAUAAAUACACCCAAGUACCAUAAGCGAUACAUCUUGCCAGUUGGAGAGACCAUGCAUGGUGCCAUCCGCACGAAAUCAAAGUACCAAGGAUGUAGCCUCGAUGAUGAAGAUGACUGGCAUCAAUUUAGAAAUGCUGUUCGAGCUACAAUUACAGAAACUCCAUCUACUAUUGGGUAAAUUUUGAUGUUCCUUGUCACGGUGCACCAAAUUCUUACCUUCACAUGCCUGCACUUCCAUGCCAUUAAUAUGCUAAGUUACAUGCCAUGCAGAAAAGGGCGCUCCCCGUCUCCUUCUCCACAACUUUCCAAACAACCUGGAAAUUUCUUGUUCAAUGGCACCAUGCCCAAAAAAGAACUAGACAAACGAACUGUUUCACCACGUCGGUUUCCUCUCUUACGUUCUGGAUCUCUCUCUAGUAGGCCAAGCACCCCAAAAAGUUCGAGGCCGACCACCCCAAAUUCGAGUCGGCCAACCACUCCAAGCUUUUCUGUUGGAAGACAACAGUAUCAUCCUUUAGAGCCUCGGAAAUCAGCUUCAAUGCGGCUCCAUGCUGACAGAGGAACUCCCAAAGAAAUUGAACAAUACCCAAGCAAAAGUAAAAGGCUCCUUAAGGCCUUACUCAGCCGACGCAAGUCAAAGAAAGAUGAGACGCUAUAUACCUACUUAGAUGAAUACUAAUGAUAGUAUAAAAGAGGAAAAGAGAUGAGAGAAGAGUCAUUGUAAGCGGGAUGAAUUUACCAAAAACUUGCUUAUUUCAUGGUUAUAGUGCAAUUUUACUUUUCUUUGAUCUUCUAAGCGUAAGUUGCCAUGUACCAAUUUUUUUUUUUUUAUGAUCAAACGGUGAUGUAAAUUAUAAUAGACAUCAUUUUAUGAAUUGAUUGCAAG